CAUUGAGGACAUGGGGGGUCACUGGGGACAUGGGGGGACAUGGGGACAUGGCUGAGGAAGGACCCCCUGUUCCCCUAGGCCUGGACAGAUGAAGGUCCCCCCUGUCCUCCUGCUCCUCCUGCUUGGCCUCACAGAGCAAUGGGGACCCUUGGGGACAUCAGGGACUCCCGUGGGACCAUCGGGGGGAGUCCUGUACCCCUUCGGGCCGGGCGUGGGGGAUGAGCCUACCCCCCACGAGGACGACGGGACGAGCCCCGAGAUCUUUCUGUGGCAAAACUUCUCCUUCUUCGGGAGCGGCCACCGCUCUUGCUACGUGAACAACAAUGGGGUGGUGUCGUUCGGGACGAGGGUCCCUGAGUUCACCCCCCAGCCCUUCCCGCUGCCCGGCCACCGCCCCUUCGUGGCUCCGUACUGGGCCGACGUGGACACACGGCUGGGGGGGGACGUCUGGUACCGCCAGAGCCGUGACCCUGAGCUGCUGGAGCGCCUGGCACAGGACCUGGCACCCACUGUGCCCCCAGGGGACCCCCCACCGCGCCCCACUUGGGCCCUCGUGGCCACCUGGGACCGUGUGGCCUAUUUUGGGGCUGCCUCGGACAAGUGCCAGGGUGACACGGUGACAACGUCCUCCCCCAGGUGA